AUGCCGGACGGGUAUCAAUUUCAAUGGUAUAAAUUUACCAAGGAGGAGCGACUCAUAAUCUUGCAAGUUCUGGCCAAAGAAAAGAGUGGGUAUGCUUGGGUCUGUCGCGAGUGGCGGGAUGUCUUCGAGCGGCACAAUUUUCGCCGACUGAAGCUGCAAGUCUGCAAGGAGGAUAUGUCGGAACUGGACGAGUUUGAGCGGAUUGUUGUUCGACAGAGACCAUUUGUACGGCAUGUCUGGUUAAACAUCAGGCUUAAACGAUACACCUGUAAGGUCUGUGCCAAGGAACAGCCGAAAUCAUCGGGACGUGCGGACAACUCGACCAUGCGAGUAGCCAUCUUAAGACUCUUCGAGAUCUUGACUACAUGGGAGCCAGUUCAAGAAGAAUUGUCGCUGGAGCUCAGUGCCCAGUCCCCCAGCGACUCGGAGCAUUGGUUCAGGGACUAUUACUUUGGAGCCCGUGGCGAGAACGAAGAUAUUAACCUUGCCCCUGGUGCCCCUGGCAACUUCCAUGAUGCAGGACACCAUUGGUUCCACGGCCAGCAACACACACUUCCUUCCAAAGAUGCGCUCCGGCGGAUCCACGGGCAUUUUGGCAAUCAAAUCCUGAGGCGUCUACGUAACGUCCAUGCCGUCACCAAAUUUGUGGUCCGUCGACAAUGUCGGAAUCGGAUAUUGCCCCACUCAUUACCAAGUAUCUUGGGAAAGCUUCCCCGGCUACAGUGCCUGGUGUACGAGCCAUGGCUGACGGAUGAUGUCGACGAGCAGGAGCGACUGGAUGAAGGCAAGCAAUCAUGA